AUGCUUGUACUCAUAUGGUUGUCCUUUUUUGUCCUAUACUUGCUUCGUGGAAAUCGCUACGGUCAGGGCAUAAUCCAGAUAGAGACUUGCGGGACGGGAUACUGGAUAAUUUCAUCGGCUCAAAUUCCUCUAGCGAUCUUCUUCACGAUAUGGAUGCUUCAUAUUAGAAGAAGAUCAAGAGUUAUAACUUCUGAAACUAAUCGACAGGUCAAUGGAGAUGAACCCGCACAUUGUCGAUCUCCGGUUUUCCCUUUAAUGGCGCUGUUAGCCGGGAUUCUUGGGGGCAUUUUUGGAAUUGGAGGGGGCAUGCUCAUAAGUCCACUUCUUCUCCAAAUGGGAAUUGAACCUGAAGUGACAGCGGCAACUUGUUCGUUUAUGGUACUAUUCUCCUCGUCAAUGUCCGCAACUCAAUACUUGUUCUUGGGCAUGGAAGACAUAAACGGUCCCCUAGCCUUCGCGGCCAUUUGUUUCGUAGCCUCAUUGGCCGGGCUGACAUUAGUUCAACGGGCCAUUUUGAGACACGGGCGGGCCUCACUCAUAGUGUUCUCGGUUGGGACUGUCAUGGCUCUGAGUACCGUUUUCAUGACUGGUUUUGGGGCUGUGGAUGUAUGGAGAGAUUACACGAGCGGGAAGAGUAUGGGGUUCAAAAAACCUUGCUGA